AGCCCGGCGCUGCCGCCGCCCUUCUCUUGCUCUCCGUGUCUCCCUUAGUUUUGGGCGCAGGAGAGCCCUGGGCUCUGCACGGGCCUGCAGGCGGCGGCAAGGACACUGCGGCCUUAGCCCUCUUAGGGAGGCCGCUGCAGCCCCACCGGAAGACAUGUAAGGAAUUUGCAUAAGACGGCUAUGCAAAAUGGAGCUGGAGGAGCUUUAUUUGUGCACAGAGAUACUCCUGAGAAUAACCCUGAUACUCCAUUUGAUUUCACACCAGAAAACUAUAAGAGGAUAGAGGCAAUUGUAAAAAACUAUCCAGAAGGCCAUAAAGCAGCAGCUGUUCUUCCAGUCCUGGAUUUAGCCCAAAGGCAGAAUGGGUGGUUGCCCAUCUCUGCUAUGAACAAGGUUGCAGAAGUUUUACAAGUACCUCCAAUGAGAGUAUAUGAAGUAGCAACUUUUUAUACAAUGUAUAAUCGAAAGCCAGUUGGAAAGUAUCACAUUCAGGUCUGCACCACUACACCCUGCAAGCUUCGAAACUCUGACAGCAUACUGGAGGCCAUUCAAAAAAAGCUUGGAAUAAAGCUUGGGGAGACUACACCUGACAAACUUUUCACUCUUAUAGAAGUGGAAUGUUUAGGGGCCUGUGUGAACGCACCAAUGGUUCAAAUAAAUGACAAUUACUAUGAGGAUUUGACAGCUAAGGAUAUUGAAGAAAUUAUUGAUGAGCUCAAGGCUGGCAAAAUCCCAGAACCUGGGCCAAGGAGUGGACGCUUCUCUUGUGAGCCAGCUGGAGGUCUUACCUCUUUGACUGAACCACCCAAGGGACCUGGAUUUGGCAUACAAGCAGGCCUUUAAUUUAUAUUGAACUGUAAAUAUGUCACUAGAGAAAUAAAAUAUGGACUUCCAGUCUACAUAAACAAAACAAAA